CUACAGGACAAGACGACAUCUUUUGCUUGCAGUAUUCAAAUUGAAUCUCCUUCCAUACUUCGCAAGCAGCAGCCACGUCGGGACUCUAUUCGCUAGAGUAAGAUGCACAUUUACAGUUAUAUCAUAUAUAUGUAACACAUAUAUUAUAUGUUUUGGUGUGGGUAGCGAGGUAAUAAAUCAUGAAGAAGUCAUCCUUGUUAGGUUUGAAUCCUUGGGAUGUACAAUAGCUUAAGCCUUAAACUAUUGGUCCUAUGGACAAAAUGAACAUGCAGUUGCCCAGGGGCCAUUUCGGUCUGACCCGAGGGUUAUUUUAGCGGUUUCCGUUUGGGCCCUCUUGGAAAGGUUAUUUGGGCCUGGCCCGCUACUGAAGAUCCAGUGGCCCAUUCUGGCCUUCCCGGUAAAAAUCCUUAACUACAUAUACCGCCUCCCGCCCUUUCUCGAUUCCGGCGGUUCAAGUUUUCUUUUUUCUUUUUUCCGAUGGCGGAGGCUGACGACGAUCACAUGGCUCGUUUCUUGGAAAUGCUCUUCGAACCUAAACUCGACCUCGAUGGAUUGAUAAAGCUGGCUGGGCAGGUUCCUGAGAUGACGCAAGCUGUGCGUGAAGCUUUGGACAAGCAAGUAAUUGCCAGCAAAAAAAGAAGGCUAUCUUUAGUUUUGCUUGUUCUUUCUUUCUUUUCCAGUUUCGAUUUUGGGAUUGGAAGGGUUGAGUUCCUUAUGGAAUGUAAUCGUCAAUAGUUUACUGUGUAGAGGAUCAUGAUGAUCCAUCUAUCUAUUAGUUUCGUAUCGAAAUGUACGAGCUUCUUGAACUAGCAUGAUCAAUGCACUCCUUUUGUUAGUAUUUCCUGUGUGUUAAUGUCCCUGUUAACCAAAUGAUUUGAGGGCAAAUGCAAGGUAUCUCACCGGUCUUUUUAUGUCGAUCGCAAAUAAGGGAAAUCAAAUGUUGAAGGAAAAGAUUAUCUACAGCAUUUGCAUUAGCAACAUUCUACUUCUAGUUGCUGAAAUACAUGUCGCUGUAAUUCUUCGAUGAUUGUGUAUCAUCUUUGAAUGAUUAGUCAGAAGGAACCGACUGCUGCGGACAUGGUUGAAUCGGUUUCGAUCUACGACCUGGCAUGAAGAUGUAACGACUCGAAGUUAGAUUCAGUAUGCCGAUAAAUACCUGUACGAAACUGGGAGCUAGCGCACUCUCUUAAAGAAUCGCAUACAGUGUGGAAAGAUGGUGACAACGAACAGCAUAUACAUAGUUAGGUCUGGAAGCUUUAAGCACAAUGAAGUUUCAGUGCACCUGAUUAAAUCGACAAGGUCUUGGUCCCGAGAAAAGGGUAAGAAGUUACCAUCAUUGUUACUCAGUGACUCAACGACGACAACAAAGCUAUAGCACAAGGACCCAAGAAUUGGCUCAGUAUAUCUCACUUUGGUGGCUGAUAAUCAAGAUCAAGCAGAGGUGUCCUCUUACAUGAAACUGAAACGCUUCCCAUCUGCCAAAAGGAGUAAUGCCCCCAAGAAACGGAUAAGGAGAGCAUUGAGUGAUAAGAACUCUGAAACCAACGAAGGGACGGCACUUUGAUGAACUAAAACACAGACAAAUGUUCUGGCUUCAAUUAUAUCUAGCAUACUGAAAUAACAAUGCAGAUACCAGAUAAACAAGAACAUAUCAUGUAUCAAAUGGGCAUCAUGAUAACAGUCCUGCUCUGUGCUCCACAGUUCAUGCUAGAAAGACAAUUCUUCUCUAGCAAAUCAGUAUGAAAAUCGUCAAGGAAGCAAUAGUUUGAAGUAAUGUGCAUGACAAACCAAAACCAAUACCUUGUCCAAGUGAGGAUAUCAUAAAGUCAGCAAGUUCAGGAACCAAUAAAAAUUGUGUCCCUUUACCUCCCUGGAAAAGGUUUCAGCAAAGAGAAAAAGAGAAACAAUAAGUGUCUAGCCAAUAAAGCACCGUUUCAAGAAACCAAAGAACAAUUGCAAUCAUUUUAUUCCAUCCAGUGUUUUUAUUUGCACUCGUGUAUCUGUUACAGAUGAAGGAAGAGAAAUACAUGGUGCUCGAUAUGGUUUAGUAUGAUGUAUCAAUGAAAGAUCGAAUUCCAUAGAAUACCUUGAUGUAGUAUGUGUGACAACCCAGAACAAACAUCAGCCAUUAAGAUUUAUGGACUUUUUAUUUAAUGAAUAUCAGACAUCAAG